CCCCCUAUAGGGCCUCUUUUGCUAUCGCGGCCGCGUCUUCGCGCUUAAUUUCAUUGCGGAUUGCGGCAUUUGGCUGAUUUUCGCACGGUCUCGCGGCCUUUGGUCCUUCUAUGCACUGACAUGUGGCACUGAUCAGUGGUUCUAAAACGGGGGUACUCGUUUCAUAUUCAAGAACUUGCUACCUCUCAUCCCCUCAACAAGAAUGUGCUGGUUGGUUAAAGUUAUGCCAAGGUUUUUUUGACGAUGGCAGUGAACGUACCAGGUCUUAUAGCCGUCAUAGUAUUCUAUAUUAUUAUUUUCAUCGUUGGUUUAUUUGCUGCACGAAAAAAGAAAUCCGGAGAUGAAGCUGUGGGAGGGGAAGGGGAAGAGGUCAUGCUUGCUGGAAGAAAUGUUGGGCUCUUUGUGGGAACAUUCACCAUGACAGCCACGUGGGUUGGAGGAGGAUUCACUAAUGGCACUGCAGAGUCUGUUUACGUUUCUGGUCUGGUUUGGGCCCAGGCCGCGUGGUGUUAUUCUGCAAGCCUGAUUAUUGGUGGUUUGAUUUUUGCCAAGAAAAUGCGCGAGAAAGGUUAUGUAACAAUGGUAGACCCGCUUCAAGAGAAGUUUUCCCCGUGGAUGGGCGGUCUGCUGUAUAUUCCUGGAUUUCUUGGAGAGAUUAUGUAUGUAGCUGCAAUACUUGGUGCCCUUGGCUCAACUCUUGGCGUCAUCCUUGAUUUGAAUAUCGAUCUUGCAGUUAUAUUUUCUGCAGUGAUUGCUGUGGGGUAUACCUGCUUCGGUGGACUAUAUUCCGUAAUGUACACCGAUGUCCUGCAACUUGGAUUUAUUUUCGUUGGACUGUGGUUAUCGACUCCUUUUAUAAUGAAAAGUGAGCAUGCAACGGUUGCAAGUGAAAGCUGGGUCGGAACUCUUGAGAAGCAGCAGGUUGGAGAGUGGAUUGACCUGGCAUUGCUGCUUACCAUAGGUGGAAUGCCAUGGCAAGCCUAUUUUCAGAGAGUUUUGUCUUCAAAAUCACCUGAAAGAGCCCAAAUCUUGUCCAUCGUUGGAGGUUUUGGGUGUCUUGUGUUGUCGAUCCCUCCAGUUUUGAUCGGUGCUAUUGCAAAGUCUACUGAUUGGUCUUCUUUGAACAUUUCAUUUGAGCUAAUGGAUGACAAUAGCACUCUGGCAGACUCUAGACUGGUUUUGCCGCUGGUUAUGCAGUAUCUAACCCCACAGUGGGUCUCCUUUCUUGGCCUAGGCGCUAUUUCCGCAGCUGUCAUGUCAUCUGCUGACUCGACUGUACUCUCUGCAAGUUCAAUUUUUGGUUACAAUAUCUACAAACUCAUCAUACGACCAAAGGCGUCUGAACGCGAGCUUGUUUGGGUGAUAAGAAUUGGCAUCUUCUUUGUUGGCGCAUUAUCGACAGUCAUGGCGCUCACAAUAAAAAGUAUAUAUACUUUGUGGGCUUUGUGUUCAGACCUGGUCUAUGUCAUUAUGUUUCCACAGCUUCUUUGCGCCAUUUAUGUACCAUCUGUCAACACAUAUGGUUCUUUCCUGGCAUUUGCUAUUGGCCUCAUAUUGAGAUUUGGUGGAGGUGAACCUACUGUAGGUCUUCCUUCAUUUAUCAAGUAUCCUUUGUACGAUGAAAACCUGAAGAAACAGCUCUUCCCGUUUCGAACAUUAUCUAUGCUUGUAUCAUUGGUCACACUCAUUUUGGUGUCGUAUGCUGCCGAGAUUCUAUUCAAGAAAUUUCAGCUGUCAAAGAGAUUUGAUGUCUUUCAUGUAUUUAAAGAAGAAAAGGAGGACACCGUUACACUGAAGCGUUUCAAUGGCAACCAAGAUGAGAUUGUUUCAAAAGACCCAAACGACAAUUCUGCAGCUCACAGGUUCUGAUACUUAUAUAUACCUGAAGAAACUUUGUCUUUUUGUUAAUGGAUACUGAUCAGCUCAGCCACAAGUAUGGCGCUGUACAUAUUGCUGUUGCGAAAAUUGCUUACUGAUUAAUGAUUUUUCUACCUGGAAAUUUAAGCUAGGUUUUAAAAAGCUUAGAGGACAUGUUCGGGGAAAACUACGCUUAUAUGUAAAAUCUAGCAAAAUUGGGGAUUUUUUAAUAGUUGCUGUUUUAACAUUAAAUCGCUUUGAAUUGAAA